AUCAUCAUCAGUUCAGUUUUCAAAGUUAACCCUUGAAAUCAAAUCUUUAUUUUUCCACCUUCUUUAAUUUUGCCCACCGUGCAAUCCACCUCAACACUUUCCACCAUCAACAUGAUGAAAUUCAUUGUAUUAGUUGCCCUUUCACUCAUCGCCAUCGCCUCAGCUUACCCAUACCCAUACCCACGAGGAGGUUAUGGUUCAGGAUUCGGUGCUGGUUUCGGUAGUGGAUUCGGUGGUCCAGGUUUCGGUGCUGGUUAUGGUGCUGGUUUCGGUUCAGGCCAAGGUUAUGGACCCAAUGGUGCCGGUUAUGGAAGUGGAUUCGGAGCUGGAUCAGGCUAUGGUGGACCAGGAUACGGCGGUGGAUCAGGAUCAGGUUUCGGAGCUGGUUCAGGAUCUGGUUACGGUUACUAAUUCAACAAUCUAAUUUAAUCCAAUUCACACCCAACGAUAAAAUCAUAUUGAUUUAAAUGCUCCCUCUCAACCUGGCUCACUCAUUACCUAUCCUACUCUCUCACCCUCUCUCUCUCUCUCUCUAUCUCACUCAAUCUUUCCCAUCUCUUUAUCUUCCUCUGGCUCAAUGUUUUCGUCCAUGAAAACAAACACAAUUAAAAGUCAUUAAUUUAUAUCAAUAA